AACCCUAACGAGCAAAACUAACUUAAACCCUAAUUUUGUUGAACCAGAUAGAAACCUGAAAAUAAAAAAAAAACAUGGAUAAAAAAGUAGACAAACAGCGACAAUCCAACGAUCUUCUUCUCGAAACCCUAGGAGACUUCACCAGUAAAGAAAACUGGGACUCAUUUUUUAAGAUUCGUGGCUGCGAUGACUCAUUUGAGUGGUAUGCUGAGUGGCCGGAGCUUCGUAAACCACUUGUCUCUCUUCUCACCGCCACCGACGGGAAUGGUAACGAUGCUAAUUCUUCUCAUAAUCUGCAAAUUCUGGUGCCAGGUUGUGGAAGUUCGAAAUUAUCUGAGGAAUUGUACGAUUUAGGGUUUAAGGAUAUAACGAAUAUUGAUUUCUCGAAAAUUGUGAUUUCUGAUAUGCUGAGAAGGAAUGUUCGACAACGGCCGGGCAUGCGGUGGCGCUUCAUGGACAUGACUGAUAUGCAGUUUGCAGAUGAGGCAUUUGAUGUUGUUCUUGAUAAAGGUGGCUUGGAUGCUUUAAUGGAGCCGCAUGUUGGGUCUAAAUUAGGGAACAAAUAUUUAUCAGAGGUGCAAAGAGUUCUGAGAUUUGGCGGGAAAUUUGUUUGUCUUACUCUUGCCGAAUCUCAUAUUUUAGGUUUGCUUUUCCCCAAGUUCCGUUAUGGGUGGAGAAUGAAUGUUCAUUCCAUUCCACAAAAGCCAUCUAGCAAGCGUGCGUUUUGUACCUUUAUGGUGGUUGCUGAGAAAGAAAUCUCUACUGAAUUGCAGUUGAUAGAAUCAUGUUUUCUUGAUUGUACUGGAAAUCAGGCUGCUGCUCUGCAAAAAGCUAUUGAAAAUGAGAAUCAGAUCCGUAGAGAAUAUUCCAGUGGUUCUGAUAUAAUGCACUCUCUUGAAGAUUUGCAACUGGGCGCUAAAGGGGACUUGACAAAGCUUAGCCAAGGUCGUCGAUUUCAGCUUACUUUGGGUGGACGAGGAGGCUCUCUUUUCACAUACAGAGCUGUUGUUCUUGAUGCUAAGGACAAUUCUACCCCUUUCUCAUUUCAUUGUGGCGUUUUCAUUGUGCCUAAGACCCGAGCUCAUGAGUGGCUCUUCUCCUCAGAAGAAGGACAAUGGAUGGUCAUUGAAAGCUCACAGGCAGCUCGUCUGAUUAUGGUUAUAUUAGACAGCAGCCACAUGAAUACUACCAUGGAUGAUAUUCAGAAGGAUUUAUCUCCUCUGGUUAAACAGUUAGCACCCAUUGAAGGUGACAAUGGAGCACAAAUACCUUUCAUGAUGGCUGGUGAUGGAAUUAAACAUCGAGAUAUUGUACACAAGGUGACAUCUGCAUUAACUGGUCCGAUAAUUGUUGAAGAUGUGGUUUAUGAAGAUGUUGAUGAUGAUGUCAGUCGCCUGUUGCCCAAUAAAGAUUUGAUAUUCCGGCGCCUUGUCUUUCAACGUGCUGAGAGCUUGGUGCAGUCAGAGGCUCUUCUCGCAAGGGAUGAAUCUUCCACCAAAAAUGUUGGAACCGAGAGGAAGAAAAAUACAUCAUCUUCCAAAUCAAAGAAGCGAGGAAAUAAGAAACAAAAUGACGAAUCAAUCAACCCGCUGAAGGUUUAUCAUGACUAUUUGGCUAGUUCCUAUCAUACAGGGAUCAUUUCUGGCUUUAUGUUGAUCUCUUCUUAUUUGGAAAGUGUGGCAUCAGCUGGAAAUACUGUUAAAACAGUUGUAGUAGGUCUUGGUGCUGGUUUGCUUCCUAUGUUUCUCCAUGGAUGUAUGCCCUUUUUGCACAUUGAGGUGGUGGAGUUGGAUCCUGUGAUACUUGAUCUUGCAAGGGACUGCUUUGGCUUUACUGAAGAUAAACAUUUAAAGGUGCAUAUUACUGACGGAAUUCAGUUUGUUAGAGAUUUAAAAACACCUAUGCCUGUCCUUGGUAGAAAUGAGGAUGGUCCAGGCGGUUUAAAGCUUUCUUCAAAUGGAAUGUGCAUCACAUCUCAUGCAGAGGGCAGAGAUGGUCCCGGGAUUGAUGUUCUUAUAAUUGAUGUGGACUCUUCAGACUCGAGCUCUGGAAUGACUUGCCCAGCUGCAGAUUUUGUGGAGGAAUCUUUUCUUCAGACUGUAAAAGAUUCUCUUGCUGAGCAGGGUCUCUUUGUUGUUAAUUUGGUCUCUAGAUCCUCAGCCAUUAAAGAUAUGGUUAUAUCAAGGAUGAAAAUGGUCUUCAAUCAUCUAUUCAGCAUCCAGCUUGAGGAAGAUGUCAAUAUGGUUCUUUUUGGUCUAUGUUCAGAAUCUUGCAUCGACAAGGAUGUCUUCCCUGAAGCGGCCGUUCGGCUUGAGAAAUUAUUGAAAUUCAAGCACGCGGAAAUAGGCAAAAGUAUUAUAGAUACUACGAAGAAGAUCAAAUAUUUGAAAUGAAAAUCAUUUCAAAAUGCUCCAAAUGAAAAUUUUGUUUUUAUAGCUUGUGAAGCCAUGUAAAGGCCGAAGGAGGCUAUUGGAUGGGAAAGGAGAAAAAAAUGUUUGGAGGAAAAUGUGUACUUGUUUUGAGUCACAAUUUAAUCUCUUUUUUGUUAUUAUUAUCAUAAUACAACUGAAAGAGAAUGUUGGAAUUUGAGAUUUUCUUGUAGUUUCUACCCACUAGAUUAGGCAUGUCAAAAUUUAAAGUUUUCAA